UUUGUAGGAAACAUGCGCUGGGAUUUACGUGUGUGUGUGUGUGUGUGUGUGUAGGGUUCAUGCUGGUGUUGGUGAGUCAGUGUGUGUCCUUCCCUCCCUUCUCCGGCACGUCUUGAAUAGUGGGUAGGAGGUAGGAGGUUGUAGGCAGAGAGAGAGAGAGAGAGAGAGAGUGAGAGAGUGAGUGAGCCAGUUGCAAGGAUGACUCACCACCGGCCUGCCUCAAACUCCGCAAUCCAGGCUCUCCCUCCCUCUCCCUCCCCGUCCGCAUUUGCCUCCAUCUGCUCGUUCUUCCUCCACCUCCUCCACUUCCUCCACCUCCCAGAAGCGCUAACAAGUCACACAUUAAUUACUCAUUCCCUCCUUCCCUCCCUCCCUCCCUUCAUCCUCGUGUACUAGCCUCCUUCCGCCCUCCGCCCAGCCAGCCAUCACGUCCUUGGGCUGACUCCUUCGGGGCUGACUCUGGGUUGUUUACUUGCUUGCAAUUCUGUGCGUGGCGCCGUUUCCCUCCCCGUCGCUCUGGUGGUGCCGCGCGUGUGCCGUUGCGCGUUGUUGUGACGGUAGAACUUAUUUGUUUGUGGUGAUGGUGGUGGUACUGACAAGUUACCCCCCUCAGUUCUUCCUCUGUAUUAUCUGCCUCCUGUUCCUUCAUAUUAUUACCGCCCCUUCCUCGUCGUACUUAGUUUCGUGCACCGCUGCCGCCUCUACAUCCGCCACCACUGCCAUAUUUUCCCUUGCAUAUUCUACUUCCUCCUCCACCACCACCUGAUCGCCUUACGUCUCCCAUCCACCGCCACCGCUGCCAGUCAAGCCGCCAGCCUCCACUGUUCCUCUGUCGCUUCCCUCCUAUUCAGUCACGGACAGGGUUGUGGUGUUGGUGGGCGUAGUGAAGAACGAUUACCCAUGGGAAACUCUGGAAGCAAGGCGAAGGCGAAGGCGAAGGCGGAGGUGAAGACCGGGGCGGAGGCGGGAGCUGGCGACGGUACCAGUGCAUUUAAGGAAGUUUGUGAAACGUGGCCCCCCGAUACGGCCUUCUCCCCUCCCUCCCUCUCCAGCAAGGUCCCUCACGCCCACGAUGGAUCUGCCCUGCCUUCCUGUGGCACGCCGCCGCUGCCCAAGACCGACCAAGUCUUCUUCAUUAACCUUAAUAACAACAACAACAACAACAAUAUGAAGAAUGGCAAGUUGAACAAGGGAAAGGCGAGCACACUGUCUGCCGAAGGUCGCGUCCACUCAGCCACAGUAUCUGCCGUCAAUCCCGCAGCCCGUAGUGUAACAGUUGAGUGGUUUGAGAAGGGAGAAACUAAAGGAAAGGAGAUUGAUUUCGACGCAGUCUUCGCCCUCAACCCUGACCUCGCGCCUCAGGACCAGAAUUUGAUGCCCCCGCCUAAGCUGGACGACGAAGAUGAAGAGUCCAGCUUGUCCGAGGCAGAUCUGAGUGACUACGUGCCAGGCCUCACCGUGGGCCCAGUGGUUAGGGGCUCUGGCCGCAUCCUGAGGUCUUCCCGCACCCACAGCAACGUGCCUGCCGCCGCCCUUCACCCUCAAAGGCCUCCAUCUGCCCAUACAUCCCACUUGCCCCGUCCACCCGGGCAUCAGGUGGCUCGAUCUCAGUCCGCCUCCAGACUCACCAUGGAUGAUGAUGGUGAUGUGGAUGAUGAUGAUGAUGAUGAUUUGGAUGAUGAUGAUGAUGAAGCUUAUACCCGGCAGUCACAGGUCUCCCAGUCAGCAGCCACUCCAGCAACUAGGAGCAAAGAUGCUUCAAGACCUCGACCCAGCUACUUGGUCAAGCCAACCCCUCAGAAUGGAGAAAUUCGUUCAAAUUUACAAAACAAAAUUGGACAGUCCCAGGCCCGAUCAACAGAAAACAUCUCCACAUCCACUGUCAGCAAAGGCUCAUCUGUUGCUGCCUCCCGCCGACGCAGUAAUGUAGUGAAGGAGGUGGACCGUAUCCAAAAGAAGAGAGAGGAGAGGAGGAAGCAGCAGGCAGAGAAGAAAGAAGAGAAAGAGGCACUCAUGAACCUUGAUCCUGGCAACCCUCAGUGGGAAUUCCUUAACAUGAUCAGAGAAUUCAGAUCACAGCUUGAAUUCCGCACACUGAGGGAUGGAGACCCUCUAGAAGAACAUCAAAUUACUGUUGCUGUCAGAAAAAGACCUUUAAAUAAAAAAGAAAAUGGUAAACGAGAAGUGGAUGUGAUCACCAUCCCAAAGAGGAACACACUGUAUGUUCAUGAACCACGCACCAAAGUUGACCUUACCAAAUACCUGGAGAACCAGAACUUCCGAUUUGAUUAUGCCUUUGAUGAAACCUGUAAUAAUGAACUAGUUUACAAAUACACUGCUAGACCUUUGGUUCAGACCAUCUUUGAAGGUGGCAUGGCAACAUGCUUUGCCUAUGGCCAGACAGGUUCUGGCAAGACUCACACUAUGGGUGGUGACUUCCAAGGAAAGAAUCAAGAUUGUGCAAAAGGAAUUUAUGCUAUGGUGGCCAAAGAUGUAUUCAUAUACACAAAAAAUCCUAAGUAUAGAAAUCUUAACCUUCAAGUAUCAGCAAGCUUUUUUGAAAUUUAUGGUGGGAAGGUAUUUGAUUUGCUCAACAACAAAGCAAAGCUGCGGGUGUUAGAAGAUGGGAAGAAUGUGGUGCAGGUGGUGGGUUUACAAGAAAGAGCAUGUGAAAGUGUUGAGGAUGUUCUGCGCCUCAUCAGCCUUGGGUCCCAAGUGCGCACCUCUGGCCAGACCGCUGCUAACAACCAGUCUUCACGCUCACAUGCUGUCUUCCAGAUUAUUCUGAGAAAUUUGGAUAGAAUAGAAAAGCAGGGUGACAAGGCAUAUAAACUGCAUGGAAAAUUCUCUCUAAUCGACUUGGCUGGCAAUGAGAGAGGAGCAGACACUUCUAGCGCCAACAGACAGACCAGAAUGGAAGGAGCAGAAAUCAACAAAUCACUGCUGGCCCUGAAGGAAUGUAUCCGUGCCCUGGGACGUAAAGGAGCUCAUCUUCCUUUCAGAGCUUCCAAGUUGACUCAGGUACUGCGAGACUCUUUCAUUGGAGAUAAGAGCAAGACUUGUAUGAUUGCCAUGAUCUCCCCAGGUAUGGGCUGCUGUGAACACACCCUUAAUACCCUCAGAUAUGCUGAUAGAGUUAAGGAGUUAGGUGUGAGUGACUCGGCUACGGAAGACAACUACAAGUCUUCCCCUACAGAGAAGGAACCAGAAGAAAAUGGCACUAACAAUGUGGACUAUUCUACACUCUCCAAUCUCAACGAAAAUGAGAUGAGUGCUGACCAGCAGGCAUUCCAAGUAGCCAUGAGUGCAGUGCAGGAGGCUGAGGAGGAAGUUGUGGAUCUGCAUGGCCAGUAUUUUGCCCACCGUGAUAAAAUGGACAAGAUGCUUAUACCAUUAUAUCAGAUGACCAAUGAAGUGGAUUAUGAUGUAGAUGCUUAUGCUCAGCAGCUGGAGGAUGUGGUCCUGGAAAAUCUGGAAUGGUGGAACCAGUUAAGGGACCACGUGGUGAAGCUGCGACACCAGUUGGAGGAGGAGGAAAAGUUGUCUCGUCAGCAACACGUGUGAAUGCAUUACAAAGAUUGUGUCGCCUACAUACAUACAUGCAUACAUACAUACAUACAUACAUACACAUUCUGGCUUCAUUCCCGUCACACACACACACACACACACACACACACACACACACACACACACACACACACACACACACACACACACACACACACACACACACACACUCUUUCGUGACAGUUACAAUUCUUCUAGAACUGUACCCGUCAUCUUGAGAGGAGAUUCCAGUUAGUACAGAAGAUUCUUGGUCUCCAUGUGCUUUCCUGCAUUUUUACUUCCCAUUUUGUGUCAAGGAAGUGAAAAACAAUAGUUUUGAUUCCCAUACACUGUUAUGAUACAUUUCAUAUGUUCAUGAGGUUUUGUCUAAGCAAAAAACUUACUUAUUUAUUUUCUUUCCUACUUUUCAAGAGUCAUAGUAUAAGAUUUUUUUAAUUAUAUA